GUGAUUCAGAGAGGGCAAAGGCGAGACGGUUAAUUCUCGUACGCGUAAGCUCUCUCCACCCUCCCCGUCUGACAUGGUGAGGCGGUUCCUCUCCCGCUGCUUCUUUCUCAACCCAAAUCCAAUGUGUUUUGGGCUGGAAUAAACCCUAAUUUCCUCGAUUGGAAGCCGCCAACCUCGUUCUUGUCUUGGAUCUUUCGUCGAUGGUGGCUUCUGGAGAACCCUAAUUCGUUGGGGUUCUCUUCUCGCCGCGGUGGGGGAUGGUGAUCGUCACGGGGGAUCGCUACCUCGAGCACCUGGUACAGUUCGUGGAGCGCAACGCGGGGCCGCUCCUCGAGGGGGCGCUGACCCUGAAGCUGAACCCCGUGGGGCUCCACUACGUGCACACGCGGCUGGAAGCGCUGCAGGAGCUCGAGGGCCUCCUCGCCGGCGCCCCAGUCGACUACCUCCGGGCCUACGUCUCCGAUCUCGGCGACCACCGGGCGCUCGAGCAGCUGCGCCGGAUCCUUGGGCUGCUGACCGCGCUUAAGGUGGUAAGCGUGCUGCCGCCGCCUGGCAGGGAUCCGACGCCCCUCUCGCUGCUUCCGUUCGGGAGGUUGAAGGUCCUCGAGCUCCGGGGGUGUGACUUGUCCACCACCGCCGCCAAGGGCCUGCUUGACCUGCGCCACACGCUCGAGAAGCUCAUUUGCCAUAAUUCCACUGAUGCGCUCAGGCAUGUGUUUGCCAGUAGAAUUGCGGACAUAAAGGAUUCUCCAGCUUGGAACAAGCUGAGGUUUGUCUCAUGCACCUGCAAUGGCUUGGUUCUCAUGGAUGAAUCCUUGCAAUUGCUGCCUGUUGUUGAGACUUUGGAUCUAAGUCGGAACCGGUUUGCCAAGUUGGAUAACAUUCGAAAGUGUAUAAAGCUGCGGUACCUGGAUCUUGGUUUUAAUCAUCUGCGAACAAUAUCUCCAUUGAGUGAGGUUUCUUGUCGAAUAGUAAAGCUUGUUCUAAGGAAUAAUGCCUUGACUUCAUUGCAUGGAAUUGAAAAUUUGAAGUCACUUGAAGGGCUUGAUCUUUCCUACAAUAUCAUUUCCAGUUUCACAGACCUGGAGAUCCUCACGAGCCUUCCAUCUCUACAUAACUUGUGGCUGGAAGGAAAUCCAAUAUGUUGUUCUCGAUGGUACAGAGCACAUGUUUUCAGUUUCUUCUCCAAUCUGGAGAAAUUGAAGCUAGAUGAAAAAGUUAUUAGCACAAGAGAGUAUUGGGAAAGGCAUGUAAUAUUUGCAAGAAGACAAAAAAGGCCUGCCGGUUAUGGAUUUUAUUUUCCUGCAAAAGAUGCUUCUGAAGAUGAGAGCCGCAUCAGUAUGAAAAAGAAAAAACAUUCUCGUUUAGCUAGUAUUGAGGAGGAGGAGCAAAGGAGAAUUAUCUGCUCAGAUCAAGAAUCACUAUCAUGUGAUAGUGACAGUUUGAGAAAAGAAGAGAUUAUUUCUGACAAUGAUACAAGGGUUGCUGAUUUAAUCAAUAGGGCUAAAUAUAUGAAGAACGAUCAAUCUGUUCUUUGGUUGCGAGAAUUUCAGGAGUAUAUUGAUCAGACUCCUGAUGAAGCAGAGGUUAAAAGCCACUCAACGGAGUUCAGUUUAGCUCCUCAUGACAUGAGACAAAGAAAGGGUCUCAAACCAUCUGAAACCAGCUCAACGCAUGUUGCAAACCCUGCUGAAAUUUCGUCAGGUGGGACUGGUUCAAACAUCUUGGAGUCUGAUAUGUCAUUUAAGGAUGCCUAUCCCUAUAUUGGUGACCACAGGAGUAAUGACAUAGAAAAUAUGGAAUCUUCAGUAGUGAAUAGUGGCAAUGUCUCACUGAUUGAACAAAAUUUAGGCUUGAAUUCUGAGCAAGAUAUAUUGAAGUAUAAUUUGACAGAGCCACAGGGUGUUUCUCCCUUAGAAUUAAAGCUUCAUUCUAGUCCAAGUUAUUCAACAGUUGAAGGUCACCAGGUAGAGGGUAUUACGAAAUUGGGAUCAUUGACUGCAAUUGAUGAGAUAAUUGGAUCACAGUCCUCGAUGUACCCAAGAUCACCUCCUCAUUAUAGAGAGGAUAUUCUUCACCGCAGACUUUACUUAGAAGAAGAAUUCUUGCAACAAUCAGCUGAUUCUCUUUCAGUGAGAUCAUCAGAUAGUGAUACCAGCUGCAGUGAUGUUGCUUCAUGUGAGUUAAAUUCGUCCAGUUCGGAUCUUGAUGGUUUACUGAUUCAAACAUCUGCAAAUCAAGGAUUCAGUGGCUACUCACUGGCAUCACUCAAUUUGGAAUAUCAUGCUGAAAGAAAGCAUGAUAAAGCAUCAGUAAGAGAAAAUAGCAUUCUGAUCUCUGACAAUUCUACUGAACAAGAGUCCGAUAUAGACAUAUUAAAAAAUGGUGACAAACCAUCUUCUACACAUGGUAUUUCUGUUAAUGGUGGUUAUGGUUUUGCGCAUGGUACGAGUCAGGAAGUUGGUGAUAUUGAGAAACAGAGAGGUAAAGGGAAGCUUAAGAGAAGGUUCAUCACACUCUCAGAAGAUCUUCAUAAAAAACCAAUAUAUGAGAAACUUAAUGGUGAUUUAGAGUUUAUAAAGACUGAUGGAUGUGGGCAAUGGAAUAUAACAAGUGAGGAACCUUCUGUUAAGGCAGAACAGAGUUGCUGUAACAAUCAUCCAUCCAUUGUUGGUGGCUGUAACUCUUGUGCAAAGGCAGGGACUAGCUCUCUUGAUCUUGCACAAUAUGAACACAUAAUGGACUUUUUUCGUCGGAAGGUUGCAGGCUUUGGUGCUUCUGAAACCUUUGAGGAAGUAGUUCGUUGUGACUGUGUAUUUCAAUGUGGAGCUGUCUUUCAAGAGAGUGAAGUUGCUGUUCUACGGAGCUGCAAGGACAAAUUGUAUAUUCUACUUAUUGAAGCAACACCUGAUGGGCGAGAUAGCAUCUCUGAAGUCUUGGGAUGCCAUAAGUUUGAAGAUUUGAGGGAAGUUGUGGUUGGACUUGGACUUCAAGCUUUGCGGAUAUACCUCGAAGGGAGUACAACAUACCUGUUCUUCACAAGGAUUUCUGAAAAGUCAAAGAGCUUACUAUCCCUGUUAAAACUCUGUGAUUCUACUGCAUUAAGUAGAUCAUGCUCUCUAACAAGUUGGGAGCAGGUUCAGGUGAAAUUGCUUGCGAAAUGUUUAUUUAAAGAUCUGAAGAUUGGAAUAUUUUUCUAUUCUAUGUUGCUUUUUUGGCAUGAUGAUUCUGAAGGGGAAUCCUGGUUUACGAGAUCAAUUUUUGUUGUUGAAGGAUAUAUGCUUGUGUGCAUUGAGAAUCUUGUACAGUUUGGUUCUUCUAUCGAUGAUUGUGGAUUAACUUGCCCUUACUACUCUCUAGAUUCAUGCUGUGCGAUUCAGGAUAUACUAGAAAUGGUCAUUGAGCUCGGUGAUAGUAGAUGCUUGACCUUGACAUUUGCGGAUUUCAUGUCUGGGGUUGACUGCUUUGCCAACAAUGCUGAAAAAGAAAAGCCGUCCAUUGAAGCCUCAAAGGUUCAAACAUGGAAACUCAAGUGGUACUCAGAAGAGACUCUAUUCAAAUUUGUUGCUCUUCUGAAGGCCAUCCGUGCGGGAUUAACAGCGACUCCUCUGCCUCUGAAGGGUAUAUCUUGAGAUCUCCAUAUAACGUUUGUGUUUUCAUUAAAUUUAUUCAUUUUGUUGUGUUUCCCACUUGUCGAAAUGUACAGCUGCUUUUUUCCUUUAUUUUACGUUUUGUCUUUAGCUGGUCAUAUUCUUUGUCUGCUGUAUAGAAUAAGUUGUGAAAUAAUCUGUAGCUUCAUAUUC